AUGAUAAAUCGAGGCGAUCCCGGCUUGCGGGUCCUGGUCUUUGUAAACCGUACACAGAAACACCGGCUGGACCUGCUUUGCGGGGUAUCGGCCGCCCCCAAUAGGCCGUCGCUUCUGCGAUGUUAUACGGGCAUCCGCAGCGCCAGGACUGAACGGUGGGUAGUGAGUUCUAUGGCCCACGCAAAAGGAGCAAAGGAUUUCGUCGGCCUCCCCAACGCGCGCGUUCAGACUAGUUGUGAGCAAAGGAGGUGGCUGCAAGGCGAAGCGACGAAGCGGCGCGGCAUUCAAAAUGCUAUAUUGGACCACUGCCGCCUCCCAAAGCAGCGCGACGAAGAGCGUGUAGGCCACGGAUCCCGCGCUCCCGUCGUUCUGGAAGGUCACCGUCAGCUUCGACAUCGACGAGGGGGAGGAAUCUAUGGGAGGUUCCCCAUCCUCCAUCCCUCGUGGAGCGCGGUCUUCCUGUUUGGCGAGGUGGCUACUCGUCCGGAUCAGGGUUACGGCGCUGAUGCCCUCCGGGACAUACCACGCGCGUAUGACCUUGGACUUCAAACGCCACGCCGGCUCUUGGGGGGCCUCAUUCGUGCUUUCCAGGUCGCUAUUUCCGCUGAGAUAACUUUUAUAUAA